AGAAGCUUUUUAUUCCCGCCUUGAAUUCUGGAAGCUCCAUCAGUUGGAGAGAGAAAGAGAGAUGUGUGGGAGAGCACGUUGUUCUCUUAGAGCGGAUGAUGUCCCAAGGGCUUGUCACCGUACCGUUGCCCCAACUCGCACUCUCGAUAUCGACAGGUAUAGGCCAUCAUAUAACGUGUCGCCGGGAUCUGACGUGCCAGUAGUUCGUAGAGAAGAUGUAUCUGAUGGUGAAGGUUAUGUUCUUCAUUGUAUGAAAUGGGGUUUAAUCCCCAGUUUUACAAAGAAAACAGAGAAACCUGAUCACUACAGGAUGUUUAAUGCUCGAUCUGAAUCUAUUGAUGAAAAGGCAUCAUUUCGUCGUCUGCUUCCUAAAAGCAGGUGCCUUGUAGCAGUAGAAGGAUUUUAUGAGUGGAAAAAGGAUGGUUCAAGGAAACAACCUUACUAUAUUCACUUCAAAGAUGGGCGACCACUUGUCUUUGCUGCUCUUUAUGACUCAUGGCAAAAUUCUGAAGGUGAAACAUUAUACACAUUUACUAUUGUUACCACCUCUUCAUCUUCAGCACUUCAGUGGCUUCAUGACAGAAUGCCUGUUAUUUUGGGUAGCAAGGAAUCAACUGAUACCUGGCUAAGCAGUUCUGCUUCCAGUUUUAAGAGUGUGCUGAAGCCAUAUGAAGAAUCUGAUUUGGUGUGGUACCCAGUGACACCUGCAAUGGGCAAGCCAUCAUUUGAUGGACCUGAAUGCAUAAAGGAGCAGAUUCAAGUAAAGUCCGAAGGUAACACUUCAAUCUCUAAGUUCUUUUCAAAAAAGGGAGCUGAAAGUGAAGACACAAAGCCAAAACAGAAAAUAUCAUGUCCCGAAUUAAUCAAGACCGAACAUACAGAAGACCUGAGUGAAGGAGCUAAAUCUGAGGAGGGAGACAAAGACUUAAAAUUCAGUGGUUCUUCCCAUUCUCAAAAUACUUCUAUGCUUCCAAUUAAGCGUGAGUAUGAGACUUUUUCAGCUGAUUCAAAGCCAGCAUUGGCAAAUCAUGAUCAGAUAAGUUCGAACCCAGGAAAGAAAAGAGAAAAGGCAAAGACUGCUGAUGAUAAACAACCAACCUUGUUUUCAUACUUUGGAAAAAAGUAACCACUAAACUAACCUGUUUUGGUAUGCACGAGCAUGAAGAUUGGUAUGUUUUUAUUGGUAUAAAUUACAUAUAUGCAUGUAUUUCCUUAUAGGUGACGUUAUAGUUGUACAUUUGCAAUCUCUGGUCUUGUAGGAAGGUCUCUCUUUAAACUUUGGUUCAUUCAAGAGGAGCUUUAUACAGUAAUGCUUUUUAUAGUACCAGUAUUAUUUUAUGGUUUUGCUGAAUACAAAAUGUGGUCUCAGCAUGUUAAAAUG